AUGAAACAGUAUUGUUGUAUAGUUCUUAUCGGUUUAGUAGCUUUCACGAAUGCGGCUAGCGUUCAACGAGCGAAACGACAAUUUGGUGUUGUCCCUCUCUACUCCUCAUGUAACGAAUAUCUGACAUGCGCUGCGCCAGCAGUCUGUGCAUCUGGAACAUGUCAAUGUGCCCAGGCUUAUCAACCAUCCGGAACUCAAUGCGUGCCAUCUGUUGCCCCCGCCGCCGCAGUGAACGGUGUUUACCAAGUUCCAGCUGGAGUGGCGCCGGCAACAUUCCGAACUGUUUACACUGAUGCACUCACUCAUGUCCGUCCUGUUUACCAGCCUGUGGUCUAUUACCCACAAGUUGUGAGAACUCCGGUUCUUUGUGCUUUGCCGCCAUGUCACGAAGCACCAGUUCCAGUUCCAGUUCCAACAGUACCAAUCACAACGCCAGUUGCUCCAACCGCACCAACCGAGCUUCCAACUCCAGCUCCAGAAACCACAACGACUCCAAGAAGACUCUUCGACAGCCCUUCGAUCGCCUAUCCAGGAGAUUAUUGUGAGCUACCAACUAUUGUUUGUGUUGGAGGAAGUUUCUGCUCAAACAAUAUUUGCAUUUGCCGCCCAGGAGAAGUUAUCGAGAACCAACAGUGUGUACCAGUGGCCACUACCACAACCACCACCACUGUCGCACCAACCACCGAGGCUCCAACGACCACCACUACAACUGAAGCAACAACCACAACCACUACUACCGAACCAACUACGACCACAACGACCACAACGACAACCACUACUACUCCAAUCCCAACUACACCUUCCACGACUACCACCACCACUACUACCACCGAGGCUCCAACCACUACAACCGAGUUGGCUACCACUACCACCACCACAACUCAAGCACCAACUACUUCCACCACUAGAACCACCACUCCAGCACCAUCAACCACUGUGAUUGUUCCAACUGUGACUCCAAGCAGAGAGGAACCAGGAUGCACCCCAUAUAACUGUGCCUGUAAUCCAAGUGGAUGUGGACAAGGACAAAUUGUCAGAAUUAACUUUGUGAUCCCUGGACAACAAUGUAACUCCAACAAUCAAUGCCUCGCCGGAUCGUAUUGUAGCUCUGGAACAUGCAGAUGCGCUAACAGUUUUGAACAACGUGGAACCAUGUGUAUCAGAAGGAGAAAGUAG